GAGUCUAGAUGUGCAAAAUGUAGGACUAGUAAAAGCAACUCCUUGGUUUACGUAUUUAAAUUUCCUGUAGCUGAAAGCCCUAAAAGUCUAUUGACAUCACGCGGGGCGGAGCCUCAAUCCCUAAGAAAAGCUGGCGGAGCUGCUAACUGCUCAGCUGCAGGCUCCGCUUCACCAUGAGCAGCCACAACAGCUCUGAGCUCCAGGUCCUGUGCAGCUCGGGCCAGCUACUCCUGCAGCCCCUUUGGGAUCGUCUGAGGACCUCGAAGGUACCCAUCCAGUCGCCCUUUUUCCCGGUCAUCUUCGCGAUCGUCACCUACCUGGGUUUCUGCCUGCCCUUCGUGGUCUUGGACUUCUUGAGUCCCUGGGUGCCUGCGCUGCGACGCUUCAAGAUCCACCCGGAUUUCUCGCCGUCCGUGCAGCAGCUGCUGCCCUGCCUGGGGCAGACCCUGUACCAGCACCUGGUUUUCGUGUUCCCGGUGACGCUGCUCCACUGGCUCUGCAGCCCCAGUCUGCUGCCGCCUGAGGCCCCGGAGCUGCUGCAGCUCCUGCGCGAUGUCCUGCUCUGCCUGCUGCUCUUCGACGGCGAGUUCUUCGUGUGGCACGUGCUGCACCACAAGGUGCCCUGGCUAUACCGCGCCUUUCACAAGGUGCACCACCAGAAUCCGGCCCCGUUCGCGCUGGCCACGCAGUACAUGAGCCUCUGGGAGCUCUUUUCCUUGGGCUUUUUUGACAUGGUGAACAUCACCUUGCUGAGGAGCCACCCGCUCACCGUUCUUACUUUCCACGUGCUCAACAUCUGGCUGUCGGUGGAGGACCACUCAGGCUACGAUUUCCCGUGGUCCACGCACAGACUGGUGCCUUUCGGCUGGUACGGGGGCGUGGCGCACCACGACCUGCACCACUCUCAGUUUAACUGCAACUUCGCGCCUUACUUCACACACUGGGACAGAAUCCUGGGCACCCUGCGGCCUGCACCCCUCCCGGAGUGCAGUGGUGACUGUGGGGGGUGCUCCUCAGACUCUGCGCGGCUGUGCGCUUCACCCUCGGGUCAGAAGAAACACUCUUGAGAUUUGUUUUCUUCUUUUUAAUACUAGUAACUUAUUGACUGAUGAAAACUGGUAGAUAAAAUCUGAUGUAUUGUUGCAGCCGGAUAAAGUAAUUUAUACAAUGUUUGUAUGUCAACACGAUUGUAUUUUGGGUGUCAAAUUCUAGCUCAUUUCAAUAGCCUGGAGUCCUGGAUGUAAGUUAGACAUUCAUCAAUGGCAUGUUUAAAUCGUCUCUAAAAGGGUGUCUUUGAAAAACACUCUCUUAUGUUUGAAAAUGUCCUCAAACUGGGCUAAAAAAGCUUAUCUUCAGGGAGGAUCCGACUCCAGGAUCUAUAAUCAAACAUGUUCCUGCUGGGCAGUGACUAAGAUUACAGUACUUUUUCCCUAGAAAUGUGUAUUUAUGUUGAAAAAAUGAUAUUUGUACUUUUAAAAUCACAACAAAAAAGAAUUGAAUCAAACAA